UGGCAGAGAUCAGCUGUGUGAUGAUCAGAUGGAGAGGAGAAGAAGUGGUGUUUGAAAGUAUGGAUCAGUGCAGUGAUGAAGCUGAAGACUGGUUUAUGGACUCUCUACACAUGUACAAAGACCUACAUGUCUUUCAACUUGAGCACCCUACAAAAGUCAUUGAGUGGACAAGUGAAAAAAGUAUAUGUGUAGCAGGUUAUUCUUCACCCAAAAAUGAAAUAUUAGAGCUUCUCCUGCCCUUAAAGCUGUACGCCGGAGGUAAACAGGGCCUGUGUCCAGAGAGAGACUUUAAAGUAGAGCAUGGAGGAUUCUCAGAGGAGCCAGUUGAGUGUCUGAGACACAUCUUUGGAAAAAGGUGUCUUGUAUCUAGUGGACGUAAUAGUUCCAAACUUCAGGUUUGGGAUAUUGGAGGAGAUGAUACUGACAUCAUCAGGAGGACUGGAGUUUUAAACCUGAGCGACUCGUCCCCUAAAAGCAGAAAAAUAGCUUCAGGACUGACGGAGGAUCCUUCUGUUCUACACGGAUAUCAGAUCAGCAACGUCCAGCUGACUGAGCUGGCCUCGGGGAAAGUGAUUUACUCAAUAGGAUCUGACUCGGUGGAUGCAGUGAGUGGUCUGCAGUUUGUGAAUGCCAGUGCGUUUGUCGUGUGUGGAAAUAACGGCUCUCUGUACCUGGGAGACACGAGGGAUCCGAAGAUCGAGUGUUUCGCUCUUCAGGAGACUACGAGCAGAUCAGACUGGACUUUCGGAUUAAGAUCAGGCCAGCCUGAGUCGGACUCUUCCUCCUGCACUGUCGCAAGACUCUCCUCCUCUGGUCAGGUGUUCGUGUCUGAUCUGAGAAAAAUGAGCACUCCAGUCAGACGAGCUCAGAUUAAUGUGCAGCACGGUGAUGCCAGCAGUGAGUUUCUGACCGUGACGUGGGCUCCCGCUCUGGACAACGCUUUAGCCGUGUCAGGGUUCGAUGGAUCAGUUCUUGUCUUUGAUACAACAAGUUGGACCACAGAGUCACAGACCCCCGAGCCCAUAUUUGUACACCGUGGUCACAUCAUGUCCUGUGAGAUGGAGACUGAUGACAGCCCAGUUAUGGUCACUACUCAUGCGUGGCACCCUUGGCGACCAAGAACUCUUCUCUCAGCAGCUUCAGACGGAUCUAUGCAUGUCUGGGAUUGGGUGGACAAAAACAACGAGACGCUUUGAGCUGGCAUUUAAUAAAAUGUCAAAAUUGUAACUGAAACAUUCAGAAAAAAAGUCAGGUCCGAUAAAUACCCCUUUAUAGUUAGAAUUCUGUGACAUUUGCUUCUUUUAGUCUGCAUAUAUAUAUUUAUAUAUAUAUACCAAUCCAAAGUUUGGACGCACCUUCUCAUUCAAUGUAUUUCUCUUUCUAAUCUGAGGCUGGUAACUCUGAUGAACUUAUCCUGUGCAACAGAGGAAACUCUUGCUCUUCCUUUUUCUGGGCCGGCCCUGAUGAGAGUCACGUUUUGAUGGUCUAUGCUGCCACACAAAACCCUCAUUCAGCAAAAAUGUCAUAGAAGAAAAGAACAUUUUUUUUUAACUGUCAAUGGAGAUUUUAUUCCACAUAAAUUUUUUGUAUUUUUACAAAUAAAUGAAAGGUAAUGGAAAAUACAGCUCUUAUUUUAUAUACAUACACCUAACCAACACUUCUAUGGUAUUUGGUAUAUGGUAUUUGAGCCAGCUUUUAGCUAAAUUGCUGUAUGUGAUCAAUGAAUUAUCAUGAUAUUGUUAAUAACUGUUAGUAAUGGCACUAGCAACAUAUUCAAAUAUAUUACAGCAGGAACUGCUAUUUAGUCACAUACUGUAAAUAAGACAGUUUUAACUAAUUUAUAGUGUUGACUAAUUGUUAAUUUGUGCUAGGGACAGAAACACUCAGUUUACACUCAAACUGAAGUAACCAAACUAAACAGAUUACAUAUUUAUUCAAUAAAUAUCAGAACAUUUGUCAUUUAAAUGUCUUCUGGGCAUUUAUAGGGUGUUAUAAUCUUUGACUAAUUGAAAAAAUAAUCAUUAGUUGCAGCCCUACUUAAAAGUAAUGUGAUGAUCACCCCAGUCUCAUUUUCUUUACUGGCAUAUUAAGUUCGCAUAAUCUUAAAAAACUGACAGCAGGUCAUUUAAAAAAAAAAAGUAUUUAUUAUCUCUUUGAAUUCUUUACAAGCACGUCUUUGGCAUAUUAAUUGUAAACAUGCUUAAAAUUAAUCUUUAAAAAAUUGUGUUUAAAAUGAUUAAAAUGUGCACAUGAGCAGUCCAGUUAUUCUUCCUAAAAAUGUGAUGGCAGAGCAUAACCAGUUAUAUUACUGCUCUAUUAUGUUUUGAAUGAAAUAUACAGUAUAUUGGCAAGAGUAUUCACUUGUCUGCCUCUACAUGCGUAUGAACUUGAGUGACAUCCCAUUCUUUAUCCAUAGGGUUUAAUAUGCUAUUUUCCCACUUGUUACAGCUAAAACAGCUUUAACUCGUCUGAAAAGGUUUUCCACAAGGUUUAGGAGUGUGUGUAUGGUGAUUUUGACCACCAUACUUCCAAAAGCAUAUUUGUGAGAUCAGACACUGAUGUUGGAUGAGAAGACCUGGCUCACAGUCUCCACUCUAAUUCAUCCCAAAGCUGUUCUCUUGGUUUUCCCACACCGAACUUGCUCAUCCAUGUCUUUUUUUUUUUUUUUUUUUGCUCAUUCUUUGCUUUGUGCACUGGUUCACAGUCAUGUUGGAACAGGAAGGGGUCAUCCCCAAAACUGUUUCAGCAAUGUUGGGAGAAUAAAAUUGUCCAAAAUCUCUUGGUAUGCUGAGGCAUUAAGAGUCUCUUUUACUGAAAAACAACCCUACACAUAAUCCCCCCUCUACCAAAUUUUACAAUUGGCUUUUAGACAAUGGCCAAUUUCCUGGAAACCACCAUGCCCAGACUUGCCCAUUGGAUUGCAAGACAGAAAAGCAUGAUUCGUCACUCCAGAAAACACUUUUCCUCUGUUCUAGAGUCCAUCCGAUGCUUUGCAGUGCCUUUGGUGAUAUAAGGCUUGGGUGGAGCUGCUUGACCAUGGAAACCCAUUCCAUGAAACUCCAUUAUUCCAUUACACUCUGCUGCUCUUGAGCUGAUCUGAAAUCACUGAUUUGUGCUGUGAUGGGUGCUUAAACACUUGGUACUAUAUUUUCUCUCACAUCAGAUGUUUCAGGUCACUGAGAGAAAACUCCACAAAGGCUAUUUCCUCCAGCUCACUCUUAUCUCCACACUCCAUGAGGCAAGCAAAGCGUUCUGGUCCUCCACACUGCGUGAGAUCAGAGUACCCGCUGGGACCGUGAUGGAUGAUCCACGGUUGACUCCAGCCAGAGUCGCUGAAGGGAGAGCUGUUCAGAUACACUCCAAGAGCUUUCCUCGUCCUCCUGUUGGUUGGAUGAGAAUAAAUGAGCCAGGUUUUUGCAUUUGAUGUUGUGCAGUUCUUCUCUUCCUCUUUGGGGAGCUGAGCUGGAGUGAAACUCAACACACUGCCCUGGCAGCCAUGGUGGGGCUCUACCAGUUUCCGAGCAAAGUGAGGGCUAUGAAAAACAUCUCCACUGUUCUUACUGAUGGCCUCUAUUCUGUGGCCUUCACUGCUUCGUGCGUUGCAGUACAGAUAACUCCUAUUCUCCUGGUCGACGAUCUCGGCCAUUUCACACUCGCAAGAGCUCACGUCUACUCUUACACCCAUCUGCCACGUGCUUCCACAGUCAUCGCUGAAGAACGCCAAAGCGUGGGGCCGCACACGCAGCGGGAAAUGAAAAGGGAAGCAUCUGUAAUGAAUGUAAUAGACAUAAGCUGGAACAAUAAGUCUCCCACUCCUCAUCUGAACUCCGUGCCCAGGUCCCACAGCAAAUGUAGCCCACCUGCCGAUCUCGUCUCCGAUCACGCUUUCCGUCAAAUCUGUGGCUUUACUCCAGCUCUGUCCCUGGUCUUUGCUGGUCACGUAACACAAACGAGCUUUGUUCUUACCAGAGCAGAUCUGGUGUUGCUCAGUGGUGUUACCUAAUAUGCAGACGAAGAACAAAUAGAGGGUCUGAGAUUUCCUCUCGUAGACGGGGCAUGGAUUCAUAGUGCGAUGAUCCGGCAGGGAUGCUGUGGUGAGCUCUUGAGCAGGUGACCACUAAAAGAAAAAAAUAAAAUAAAUAAGCCUUUGGGAGCCUUUAUUUUUCUUAUUUUACCAAAUUGAAAAGCUCUAGAAUGUAAUCAAGAGGAAGUUGGAUGAUCACAAACCAUCAAACCAAACUGAACUGCUUGAAUUUUUGCACCAGGAGUAAAGGCAUAAAGUUAUCCAAGAGCAGUGUGUAAGACUGGUGGAGGAGAACAUGAUGCCAAGAUGCAUUAAAACUGUGAUUGAACUGUAAAAACCAGGGUUAUUCCACCACAUAUUGAUUUUUCUUUUACUUUUAAAACUUUAUGAAUGUUUUUUUUUUGUUUUUUGUUUUUUUGCAUUUUGAGGUCUGAAAGCUCUGCAUCUUUUUUGUUGUUGUUGUUAUUUCAGCUAUUUCUCAUUUUCUGCAAAUAAUCGCUCUAAAAAUGACAAUAUUUUUAUUUGGAAUUUGUGAGAAAUGUUGUCUGUAGUUUAUGUAAUAAAACAACAAAACUAAUCCA